UCUAAUGUCAAAUUGUCAAUUGAACACGGUUAAGGUGACUGUUGAACAAUUUCCACAAAAAAAUCAAUUGAAUAUUUUUUGAAUGUGCAAAAAGUGAAAUGUCAAUGAAAAAUACCCUAGAUUAUAAUAAAUAAUUUAUAUUAAAAUGGCGAAAAGCCAAAGCAAAGUCUACCUUGGUUACGAAGAAGAAAUAAUCAAUGAAAGGAAUAAAUUGCAGUUAAACUAUACAAUUAAUAAAAUUGGUGGACUGCCUAAUUGGCCCCCGUUAGAAAACAUUCAGUUUUCUACUAAAUGUCCACUGUGCAAUUUACACAGACUUUUGGUAGUUCAAUGCUAUGCCCCCUUAGAUGACUCUGUUUAUCAUCGUACAUUAUAUGUAUUCGCCUGUAUAAAUCCUUCCUGUUGGGUUCAGUCUGAAAGUUGGACUUGUGUACGAAGUCAGAUGCAAGAUGCACCAAGUAAGACUAGUUCAGUUGUAGUUAUGCCAAAUGCAGAAACAAACUUAAGCUGGUGCAGGGGCUCAGAUGAUUGGGAGGAAAAUGACAAUGGUGACUCGUCAAAUGGAAAUGUUAUCAAUAUUGAUAAUAAUGGCAUGCAAAGAAAUUCUGAUGAGGAAGAUGAAAGCAAUUCAUUUGAAUUGGAAACAGUUGAACAAGGUCUUGAAAAUUUGCAAAUUGAUUCAAAUAAUGCUAAUAUGUCUCCAGUUCAAGGUGCUGUCGGUGAAGUGGCAGCCCCGGUUCCGGCUGCUGAGCUGGAAGAGGAAGAUGAAUCAGGUCUUGUUAUUGCAGAAACACCUACUGUACCAAUGAACAAUAUGGCAUCUCUGUUUACCCAGACGGCAGAACUACCAUCAGAUAUUCGAAGUCGCCUUGUAAGUGGCCCACUGCAGUUUGUUUCUAAGUAUAUUUACGUAGAAGAAGAAUGGAACAAGGCAUCAAAUGAUGAUGAUAAAGUAACUGAAUUGCUCAACAAAUACAAACGGGACAACGAAAUAGAAGUCGGCAGUGUAGCUGAUCGUGUGGCUGGUGCACCAAGUGAAGAUGAAGCGUACGAAGACGCGACGCCUCUUCAUGGUGACCGGCUGUUCCACGCCUUUCUUACACGUCUGCACGCACAGCCGGGACAGAUUCUACGAUACACCCGAGAUGCACCGCCCCUUCUGGGAGCACCAUUACCAAUAUCAGAAAAUGCUUCGAAUUCUCCAUACAAACCAAGUAUUUGUAUGCGCUGCGGUUCAAGACUGAUCUGCGAACUUCAACUCGUUCCUGGUUUUGCAGAUACAUUAUGCUUAUUUCCAAACCAUGUAACCCUGUCACACCUACACUUCCUAUCUGUCCUGAUAUUUACAUGUUCCCAAAGUUGCUGGCAACAAAAUGAUAGAUUAGUUGAAGAGAUGGUUAUAUUACAACCAGAAGUCAUUUAAAUAUUGCAACUGUUUCUCUCUAAACCAAACCUUAGUAUGAGCAUGUUCUUUACAAGCAUUUAUGACACCUUAAAUAAUAUUUUGAAGGAUAUAGACUGCUACAAUCAUAGCCCUCCUUUGGCUUUGCCGUAGUUAUAAAUAAGAUUUAAGAGUAAUUAUCUUAUUUUAUUAUGAUAAUUAUAAUUAGCAUUUAUCUUUCAAUAGUCUCUACAAAUUAUAUUCAAAUGUGUAUCAUAACUAUGCACAAUAUUACGUAGUAAACAUUUAACGUCCUCAAGUUACGCCUUAUAUUAUUAGUGUGUCCUGUAAAUUAAUCUUUUUUUAUUUUGUUUCAUUCUUGUUAAUGUAAUAUUAUAUUGUUAUUUUUUUACAAA